AUGAAAUACUCGGAGCAUCAAGCGUUUUCCUUAUGUAAAACGUUGAUGAUACUAACGGGGCUAUGGAGAAGAAAUAUGCCGAAGCUAGAUAAGAAGUUUCAAAUUAUAUAUAAUAUAUUCUCAUUUCUUAAUCAGGGUUUAUACGUUAUAGCAAAAAUUUAUUCAGUGUUUUAUAUGUAUGAACUAAUUAAACAUGCGGAUGACUUUUCUUCAAUCGCAAACCUGCUUUCUCGCAUUAUAUUUGUUGUGCUAGUCUUAUUUCGGAUAUUUAUAUGCCAAUCAAUGCAAGUUAUGGACCUACUACUUGUCCUUAAAAAGGAAGAAAGGAAACACAACACGAGCACUAUCCAGAAAAUCAGAAAUAUUUAUAGAAGAAAUUAUAGCUAUAGCAAAUGGAUCACUUGUGUUAUUUUCUUUACCACUUUCCUGGCGACCGUAACAUUUGUGUUUAACGGAAUUAUGCUGUUCGUCAAGAUUUACAUUAUAUAUACUAAAAAAGACCGGAUUAACGCCAACAAGGAAAAUACUUGGGUUCAACUGCUGAUAAUUCAAAUAAUAAGCCCAAUACAGACAUUUACAUUUAGCGUUGUGUCGCAAGUUUUAAUGCAUUCUCUCAUGAUUUUUCUAAAGACUGAAUUUAAAAUUCUUCAAUACCAAAUUGAACACUUUGAAAAUCAAGAACUUGAAGUUAACCAGAAGAAGCCUGACAACAAAACUGACUACAACUAUGAAGUUUUAAAAAAUCUGGUUAUAAAACAUCAAACAGUAAUUAGGUUUGCCAAGCAAUUUAAUCAUUCUAUCAAGAACCUUUUGCUAUUAGAAUAUGGUGUUACUUCACUUAUGCUGGCCACCACUUUAAUGCAGAUAUAUUCCAGAAAAAUGAUGACUUAUAACAUUUUAUUUUUGACUUUAUGCGUGCUACAAAUAUUCAUGUUGUGCUGGAAUGCUAAUGAGAUUUUGGUUGAGAGCUCUGAGGGAAUGUCUAAUGCAAUUUAUAGAUGUAAGUGGUACGAACAAAACAAGGAAUCGAGAAGGCUUAUUUAUUUAAUGAUGUUAAGAUGUAAAGUACCGGUAGCGCUAACAAUUGGACCAUUUGGAGCAUUAACUGUAGAUGGAGCUGUUUCUAGAGUGAAACUGGCAUAUUCCUUUCUAUCGGUUAUAUCAACUCAAAACGAAUAGACUUAAAAAAUUAUAUAAACUUCGGUUGUAUCACAGAAUGCGGAAGCUUACUUACAUUGUCUUGGAAUUAGCGCUUU